AAAUUUUGUUGAAAGAUAUUCUGAUUCAAUUGACACUAAUUCUGAAAAAUCUGAAUUUGAUCAAUAUUUACCUGCAGAAUUCUUUAAAAAACGUAUUGAAUUAAUAAAUGGAAAUUUAAUGAUAGAUUGCCCUGUCCCUUCAAAUUUAUUAGAAAGCUUUCCUAAUAUAAGUUCAAAUGAAUUUAUAAAUAUGAGAUAUACUGCUUGUACAAGCAAACCAGAUAAUUUCAAAAAUGAUAAUUUUAAUCUUCGUCAAAUUGAAUAUGAACCUUCGAGAGAAACGGAAUUAUUUAUUUUAAUAACACUGAAUGAGGAAGAUGAUGCUCAAUUAUCUCGAACUUUUAAUGGAAUUAUAGAAAAUAUUGCUUACCUUUGUUCUCUCAAGGAUUCUGAAAUAUGGAAGAUUGUUGUGUGUAUAAUCUCUAAUGGACGUAAUAAUAUCAAUGAACGUGCUUUAGCAUAUUUAGGCGCUCUUGGUGUUUAUCAACAUAAUAUUGCAAAAUCUCAAAUGGAUAAUAAAGUUGUUAGAGCUCACAUAUAUGAAUAUACAACUCAGAUUUCAAUUCAAUGUUCUAAGAAAUCCAUAAUUAAGAAGACAAUAAAUGACGGAAUUUUUCCAACACAAUUACUCUUUUGUCUUAAAGAAAAGGAGAAAGAUAAUGCUGAUUCUUUUCAAUGGUUUUUUAAUGCAUUCUGUCCAAUUCUAAAUCCUAAAAUAUGCGUUCUUAUUAAAGCUGGAGUUAAGCUAGCAUUUUUAAAUCCUCAAGUGGCUGGUGCUUGUGGUAAAUUAGUUGCUAUGAAAGAUGGAUGUUGGUACCAAUUAUUAAACCCAAUUAUAGGUGCCCAAAUAUUUGAUUAUGAAAUAUCAAAUAUUCUAGAUAAACCAUCUGAGGCGAUCCUUGGUUAUAUUCAAUCUUUGCCUGAAGAAUUUUCAGCUUAUCGAUAUCUUUCACUUCAAGAUAUUACAAAUAAUAAUAAUGGCACGCCCAUUCUUUCUACUUCUUAUCUUAAAUACAAUUAUCUUCUUUGUUUUGAUUUGAUUUCAAAACAUAAUCGUUCUUGGAUACUGCAUUACGAAAGUUCUUCAAAAGCUGAAUUUAAUAUCUAUACAAAUUUAUCAGAAUUUAUUCAUCAACAAAGAU